CCAAGGUAAUGAUGUCGUCACCAAGGGACGACAAGAAUAGAACCCAAAUCCCUUGACUCCCCAGCUUGUGUUUUCCACUAAUUGUGCUCCUUUCUACCCAUCAGAGGGUAUCAAACGUAAAAGAGAAGGGAGUGGACACAAAUGAGCCAAGCCCGAGAGGUGGAGACCGCACUGAAGGUCCUCAGGAAUCACUCUUUGCCACUUUCCGUUGUUUUGGCCUAAGAAGAUGAAAGCAGCAGCAGCCACAAACCCCUGGGACCAAGAACUGGAACUAGACAAUGAGUUACAAGGUACCAAUAGUUCUGGAUCAUUGGGUGGUCUUGAUGUUCGAAGACGAAUUCCUAUAAAGCUCAUCUCCAAACAAGGGAACAAAGCCAAAGCUUCACCGCGCACCCCGAGGACAAUAAACAGGAUGCCUGCAAAGGCUCCGCCUGGGGAUGAAGGAUUUGAUUAUAAUGAAGAAGAACGGUAUGACUGUAAAGGGGGCGAACUGUUUGGAAAUCAGCGAAGAUUUCCUGGACACCUUUUUUGGGACUUUCAGAUAAACAUCCUAGGUGAAAAGGAUGAUACACCAGUUCAUUUCUGUGACAAAUGUGGAUUGCCUAUUAAGAUAUAUGGGCGAAUGAUUCCAUGCAAGCAUGUUUUUUGCUAUGACUGUGCUAUUUUACAUGAAAAAAAGGGAGAUAAGAUGUGUCCAGGCUGUAGUGAUCCUGUGCAGCGGAUUGAGCAGUGCACACGAGGUUCUCUCUUCAUGUGUAGCAUUGUGCAAGGCUGCAAGAGAACAUACCUGUCUCAGAGAGACUUGCAGGCUCAUAUCAACCACCGCCACAUGAGAGCUGGAAAACCCGUUACCCGUGCUUCACUUGAGAAUGUUCAUCCUUCUAUUGCCCCACCACCCGCCGAGAUCCCUGAUCGUUUUAUCAUGCCGCCAGACAAGCAUCAUAUGAGCCAUAUUCCGCCAAAGCAGCACAUCAUGAUGCCACCACCUCCUUUGCAGCAUGUGCCACACGAGCACUAUAAUCAGCCCCAUGAGGAUAUUCGGGCUCCUCCCGCAGAAUUGUCCAUGGCUCCACCUCCACCUCGUUCGGUCAGUCAGGAAACCUUUCGUAUUUCAACAAGGAAACACAGCAAUUUAAUAACCGUCCCCAUUCAGGAUGACUCCAACUCAGGUGCUAGAGAACCACCACCUCCUGCCCCAGCACCUGCUCACCACCACCCCGAGUACCAGGGCCAGCCCGUGGUGUCGCACCCUCAUCACAUCAUGCCUCCACAGCAGCAUUACGCACCUCCGCCCCCGCCUCCUCCUCCAAUAAGCCAUCCAAUGCCACACCCGCCCCAGGCCGCAGGGACUCCUCACUUGGUGUACAGCCAAGCUCCACCUCCUCCAAUGACCUCUGCUCCACCGCCAAUCACCCCGCCCCCAGGACACAUCAUGGCCCAGAUGCCACCGUAUAUGAACCACCCUCCUCCGGGACCGCCCCCCCCUCAGCACGGUGGUCCGCCUGUAACUGCACCCCCUCCUCACCAUUACAACCCCAACUCUCUACCCCAGUUCACUGAAGAUCAAGGAACUCUGAGCCCCCCAUUCACCCAGCCAGGGGGCAUGAGCCCUGGCAUAUGGCCCGCACCCAGAGGGCCGCCGCCGCCUCCACGAAUGCAGGGCCCACCUUCUCAAACCCCACUGCCUGGACCACAUCAUCCAGACCAGACAAGAUACAGACCAUAUUACCAGUGAUGAGAGCAUUUUGAACUGGAGCUAGGAGAAAAUGCCUAUGUAUAGUCGAUCUUUUAAUUAAGUUUUGGCUGUUUGGGGAAGGAAAACACCUCUUACUGAGGUAGCUGUAAAACACCUAGGAUCUUGUCUCUUAAAAUGGUUUUAAAUCUUCACCUUAGGAUUAAUUGCAAGUACUGUCCUGUAGUGCGGAUAAGUGGCUCAGUGGAGCUCGCCUAUAUUUGAACACGUUUGUUCCCGUAGUGUGGUAAAUUGACCCCGAGGUGACCGUUUGUAAAAAAUUUGAAAAAAGUUUUUCAUUGUUCCACUUUUCAAAAGUACUGCUUUUGUUAAACCCAGUUUAGUUUUUCUUGUGAUACAUUUUGUUAACCUGUGUAAAAGGAUUAAAUUUCAAUAUGGUUGUAAAAAUGCUAUUUUUAUGUGAAUUUAAGUGCAGCCACAUACUGUUUUUUAAAACCAUAUGUUUUACCACUAAUUUCCCAAAGUUACAAUAAAAACCUAAAAGUAAAAAUCUACUAGAAUUUACUGUAAGGCAGACUGUUAAAUGGUAGAGAAUAAUUACACAUUUUAGGCACUGAAAUUUUGAGGUAUAUUAAGUAUAUAAUGCACUUCACUUGGAGGCCUUUUCAUCUUCAGGCAGCCUCAGGAGCACCAAAACACAUUGAAAUUCCAGACUAAGAUCUGUUUGUAAUAUUAAAGGGCAUUACUAGUUAUUCGGAAAGAUAUAGCCAAAGUCAUUGACUCUCCAGGCUGCAAGCCGUUGGAGGAUGCUGUUACUCAUGAAUGCUUUUUACUGAAUGGUUGGAAUCACAUGAGUCACCACACUUAUUAAUCUUAAGUAACAUUAUUUUAUAGAACUGUUUCAGUGGUGUUCUUUAGAUGAAGUGUGUUCUACUCUGCUCAUUAUCUUAAAUAUUUAGGGCUGAAUGGGCGUUACGUAAUUACUCAGUUCAUGGUAGAGUUUGAUCCUGCGCUUAAAUGGAGAAUUGUUUCUUGGGUUUUCAAUUACAAUUGGAAUGCCAGGGAGGGAUUUUGAAUACUGUAUUAAUGAAAGACAUUCCUGUAGUCACAAACUGGCAUUGCACAGAUUUCACUACUGUGUGGUAAGGGUUCUUCCUCUAACUUGAAAUUUAAAACUAUUAAUGAUUUCCUUUUUCUUUUACUGGUUAAGCAGUCUAACGCUUGGGACAUGUUAGCAUGGAGUCGACCAGAUGAUUUUGUAUUGGAGAAGAGAAAAGCAAUGACUAAAUUGUGAAUUUCAGUGCUUUACAAGGUGCCUUUAGAGUCAGCUUUUGCAUUAUAGGGCUUGUUACAGUCCAGCUAAGAUGACCACUUACAGUUUCUACAGAACUGAUAUGUACAAUUCAAUAUUCUUAGGAUAUUGUAUAUCCUUUGAAUAAACCCCUGUGAAGUAUUUCCUCCCCCACUAAAAUGGUGCAAAUAUAAACAUGAAAUGUGUAGUAUGCAGAUAUCAUUUAUUAAAUAGUUUGUAGUGUAUAAAUUUAGAACAUUUCUUUUUGACAAAGGGUGAAAUGAUUGCUAAUUUACCAUUUAAUUCAGUCAGGUACAGGCAAAAUAAUUUCUCAUCUGGGAUAAUCAGAUGCAAAGUCAUCUAUGAACUUAGAGCUGAAGUUAGAAAUAAUAUAAAUGGCCAUUUCAAACGUGACCAGUCAAAAAAAUAAUACACUUUUUUUUUAAGUGAUUUUUCACAAUUAACAAUUUGAGAGUCCAGUGUUAAUGUAAUAUUUCUAAUGAGAAAUUUUUGUUAUUAGAAGCAUGGGAGUGAAAUAGUGUGAAAAGUUGGUGAGUACUUCUAUCAUAUUACUGUAGGUACUUGGACUGGUGCAAACUUGAUUCCCUUUCAUGCCCCUUUUUAGGAGCUGUUAAAAAUAUUACUGUUGAAAAUCCAAUACCAUUCUUUGUUUCAUGUAAUAUGAAAAUAGCCAAAUUUACUUCAGAGCUUCUCAGCUGUUUUUGAAGAGCUCUUCUGUUUUUAUUGAAAUUCGCUAGAGUUGAUUGUGGUACGAAACCACUUAGGUAUUGGACAUAAAAUUAGUACCAUGAUAAAAUUCCACAUGUUAAGAGAAUUCUCGUAGGCUUUUUAAAAAAUUAUUUUCAGUUAGGUUUAAGAAAUGCAAUGCAGGGAGGCAGAUCAUAUGAAUUUUUAGCAGACAAAAUUUUUAAAUGGUGACUUGACUUCAUCCAGUUAUUGUUUGAACGAGGGUGGGUGGGCAGAAGGAUUAAAAAAAUAAAUCGCUGUUGGUGUUUCUUUCCUUAAGGAAAAAGAUGUGAAUCCCAGCCUUAUAUCAGGGAAGCCUUUGAAUCUAUGAUGGACAUAAGUCUAAAUUAAAUGUAUGUAUGUUUCAUUAUAUUGCUCUUAAGACUACUGAGGUGGCAGUUUAAUUCUUAAAAACAAUAAAAUGGAAGCAUAAAUACUAUUUUGCCUAAAUGAGUUUUUACCUAAUGAUGACAACAUUUGGGAGAAUGCAGAAUUUCCAUGGUUAUGUUGAUACAGCAUUUACAGUAAAAUUAGAUUCACUUUUUUAGAGAUUAAAACCCAAAAGUUGAAUGUUAAAUUUCUUCAGUGGCAUGCUUGUUUGGAGCGUUAUAUAGUAUUUGGGAAAAUUGUUGCAAAGGCCAUAAGAAACUAUAUCCAUUUUGCCCUUUAAAAACCACUGGCUUAAAAUUGUUGUGUAAAUAUUAACUAGAUACCACUGAAAUAUAAGUGGAAAAGAUAGUUGAACAUAUUUUUAAACUCACAAUAAGUGAACUUAGGCUUUGUUCUGACUAACAUACUGGAAGAGUAUCUUUCAUACAUCUUUCUGGAAAAGCCUAUAGUCCUGUCAUAAAAUUUUUGUGAAAGUCUUAUGUUAUAAGUACAUGGAAAAAACUCCUGAGUACCUAAAACAAAAAUCUACUUUUCUAGUGAUCUUAGAUUAGCCAAAUUGGUAUAUUGAUGUUAAUUGAAGUUUGACAUAAUCAUAUUCAAACAUUUUCUGAAGUAGAUUUUUCACUGCUUUAUAACUGUAAUCUCUUAAAUUGUGGCCUUGAAAACCAAGCACAAUUUAUGCACAAUCUAAUGAAGCAAUAUUGGAUAUACUAACUAGGCCGAAAGGGGAGGGGGCAUAAACCAGUUAAGAUACUUGGUAGUGAUACUAAUAAAAACAUUUGGAUUUUCAAACAUUUUUUUUGUUUUAUGUUCUUUUAAUUUCCCAUUGAGGGAAAAAGUGUUAUGGCAGAAUUUUUAUUUUUUUUUGACUUUUUAAAUUUUUCCCCUAGUUUUUUAUUUUUCAAAUAUAGUUGACAGUCA